GAUAUAAACAAUAAAAUAUAAACGAACAAAUAAAAUAUUAUAAAAUCUGCAAACAUUUUACGCAAAAUCAAGAACUCGUUCCGCCAGCGCAAGAAGAAGAACCGACCGCGGCAGGCCACGCCCCCACUGCCAGCAGCAGCCGCCCCCUUAGCCGGAAGUUCCUCGUCGACUUUUGGCCCGCGGAGCACCCACUUUCCGCGGGAGGAGCACCCCGAAUCCUCCAGGGGUUUCAAGGAUUCCCAGGAUUUUCUGGGAGCCGGCAGGAUGGAGAGCAAUCUGAACAGGAUCAUCCGGGAGUCCGCGAAGCUGAAACUCAGCGGACAGCUCAGCAAAUACACGAAUGUGAUGAAGGGCUGGCAGUACCGCUGGUUCACAGUGGACGCAAAGACCGGAUCGCUGAGCUACUACUUGUGCGACUCCUCGACGGUGGGCGACGACAUCGCUCCCUCGCCCCACGUGCUCGCCAGUGCGCCGAGGGGUCAGGUGCAGUUGGCUGGCGCCGUGGUCUAUCCAAGUGACGAGGACUCCAGGACCUUCGCCAUCGCCUGUGCCUCCGGGGACACGGUGAAGCUGAGGGCCAACGAUGCCAGGGCUCGGCAGGAGUGGGUCGAUGGCCUGCGCGCGGUGGUCGAGAGCCACAUGAAGGCCAUGGACAUCAGCAACUCGUCGCCGCUGCCGCCGCGCGAACUGCUGGCCGCCUCUGAUGCCAUGGUCUCAGCUCGCCAGGCUUUGUAUCUCACUGAACAAUGCAACGCUUCGCUGGCCCGCGCCAUCGAGAGCAUCGACUGCGCUUCCUUCUCGCCCACGGAUCCCGAUCUCCUCCUGCUCAAGGCCAUCUCGACGGCAAGCACCCAGUGUUUGGGUCAGUGUUUGGGCCUGCUGCAGCGCCACCAGGAGAUCAAUCAGCCGCCGGCGGAGGCCGCUCCCCUGGUGCUCUGAGAUCCCGAGAUAGUUUCCUCCAGUAUUCCACUAUGAUUUAACCCAAUAAACACUAAGCCAAGCUAAGAA